AUGACCAAAGCCAGUGUAUGUACAUCUAUCCAAGCUCGGAAUUACACCUCCCAGCUGCAGGGAACAGAUACAUAUUAUGGGAAAGGAGAAGGAAGAAACCAAACACUCAUCAUGGAAUUCAUCCUCUUAGGGUUUGGGAAUGUCUCUGAACUGCAGCCCCUUCUCUUCCUCGUGUUUCUAGUGAUCUAUGUUGUGACUGUGGCAGGGAACAUCCUCAUUGUUGCGCUACUUGUGACUGAUCAGCACCUUCACUCCCCCAUGUACUUCUUCCUGGGGAACUUGUCCUUCCUGGAGAUCUGCUACAGCUCUACCCUCCUACCCAGGCUGCUGGCCAGUCUCCUGACUGGGGAUAGAACCAUUUCUAUUAAGGGCUGCAUUCUGCAAACAUAUUUCUUUGGUAUCCUGACAGCUACAGAAUCUCUGCUGCUCGCGGCAAUGUCUUAUGAUAGGUAUUUAGCGGUAUGCAAUCCACUCCGCUAUGCUGCUCUGAUGAAUGGCAGGAUUUGUUGCCAGCUAAUGGCAGGGUCCUGGAUAAGUAGCUUUCUAGGCUGCACCACAAUAAAUAUUUUCUUGUUCAAAUCAAAAUUUUGUGAUUCCAAAGAAAUCAACCAUUUCUUUUGUGAUUUUUCACCAGUAAUAAAGCUGUCCUGUGGUGACACCCAGAUUGUGCAACUGCUGACAUUUAUUGUCUCUGCUCUAGGGACACUUGUGCCCUGUCUACUGGUCCUGACAUCUUACAUUCGUAUCAUCACCACCAUCCUGAGAAUCCCGACUACCACAGGGAGGCAAAAGACCUUUUCCACUUGCUCCUCUCACCUCAUUGUGGUUAUAGUUUACUAUGGGACACUGAUUACUGUCUAUGUGGUUCCAACAGCCAAAAAUCACAAGGUCCUACACAAACUAUUCUCUGUCUUCUACACAGUCCUGACUCCCAUGAUCAACCCUGUAAUCUACAGCCUGAGAAACAAGGAGGUCAAUGAGGCCUUGAGGAAAACUGUUUUUAAACUAGUUGCUUUUAGAAACAGGCAUGGAAGCUUAAAGGACAAAUUUUAG